GAACAACUGAUGGUGCUACUUUGAACUGCUUCUCUUUUCUCCUUUUUGCACAAAGAGUCUCAUGUCUGAUCGUUAGACAUGAUGAGCUUUGUGCAAAAGGGGACCUGGCUGCUUCUUGCUCUGCUUCACCCCACUGUUCUUUUGGCACAACAGACCCAAGAUGUCAUAACCGGAGGAUGCUCCCAUCUCGGUCAGAACUACGUGGAAAGAGAUGUCUGGAAACCAGAGCCGUGUCAAAUAUGCGUCUGUGACUCAGGGGCUGUUCUCUGUGAUGAGAUCAUCUGUGAUGACGAAGAACUAGACUGUCCGAACCCUGAGAUCCCAUUUGGAGAAUGUUGUGCAGUUUGCCCGCAGCCUCCGGUAUCUCCUACUUAUACACCUAAUGGCAUUGGACCUCAAGGCCCUAAGGGAGAUCCAGGUCCUCCUGGUAUUCCUGGGAGAAAUGGCGACCCUGGUAUUCCUGGACAACCAGGUUCUCCUGGUCCACCCGGUGCUCCUGGAAUCUGCCAAUCAUGUCCUGACGGUGGUCAGAACUAUUCUCCCCAGUUUGAUUCAUAUGAUGUCAAGGCUGGAGGCGGAGGCGGAGGAGGAGGAGGAGUCUAUUCUGGGCCACCUGGUCCCCCAGGCCCCCCUGGUCUCCCUGGGACAUCAGGCCAUCCUGGCUCUCCCGGUUCCCCAGGAUACCAAGGUCCCCCUGGUGAAAUGGGACAAGCUGGUCCUGCUGGUCCUCCCGGACCUCCUGGUAGUGUUGGUCUACCUGGUCCUCCUGGAAAAGAUGGGGAAUCUGGAAGACCCGGAAGAUCUGGAGAGCGAGGAUUGCCUGGGCCGCCAGGUAUCAAAGGUCCUGCUGGCAUGCCUGGCUUCCCCGGUGUAAAAGGACAUAGAGGCUUUGAUGGGCGAAAUGGAGAAAAGGGUGAAACUGGUGCUCCUGGAUUAAAGGGUGAAAAUGGUCUUCCUGGUGAAAAUGGAUCUCCUGGACCAAUGGGUCCCAGAGGGAGUCCUGGUGAAAGGGGACGGCCUGGGCUUCCUGGAGCUGCUGGGUCUCGAGGCAAUGACGGUGCUCGAGGUGGUGAUGGUCAACCAGGCCCCCCUGGUCCUCCAGGAACGGCGGGAUUCCCUGGUUCCCCUGGUGCUAAGGGUGAAGUUGGACCUGCUGGAUCUCCUGGUUCGAAUGGUUCCCCUGGACAACGAGGAGAACCUGGACCUCAGGGACAUGCUGGUGCUCAAGGUCCUCCGGGCCCCCCUGGGACCAACGGGAGUCCUGGCGGUAAAGGGGAAAUGGGUCCUGCUGGCAUUCCUGGGGCUCCAGGAUUAAUGGGAGCUCGAGGCCCUCCGGGACCAGCUGGUACUAACGGCAUUCCUGGACUUCGGGGUGGUCCAGGCGAAGCGGGUAAAAAUGGUGCCAAAGGAGAACCGGGACAACGUGGUGAACGGGGUGAAGCUGGUUCUCCAGGUAUUCCAGGGCCUAAGGGUGAAGAUGGCAAAGACGGGUCUCCCGGAGAACCUGGUGCAAAUGGACUCCCAGGAAAUGUGGGAGAAAGGGGUGCCCCUGGAUUCCGAGGACCUGCUGGUGCCAAUGGUCUUCCAGGAGAAAAGGGUCCCGCUGGGGAACGUGGUGGUCCAGGCCCUGCGGGAGCCAGAGGAAGUCCUGGGGAACCCGGCCGGGACGGUCUCCCUGGAGGUCCAGGAAUGAGGGGUAUGCCCGGAAGUCCAGGAGGCCCAGGCAGUGAUGGGAAACCAGGCCCUCCGGGAAGUCAAGGAGAAAGUGGUCGACCAGGUCCUCCUGGCCCCUCUGGUCCCCGAGGUCAGCCUGGUGUGAUGGGUUUCCCAGGUCCUAAAGGAAACGAUGGUGCUCCUGGCAAGAAUGGUGAACGGGGUGGCCCUGGAGGACCUGGACCUCAGGGCCCUGCAGGAAAGAAUGGCGAAACUGGACCUCAGGGGCCCCCAGGACCUACCGGAGCAUCUGGCGACAAGGGAGAAGCAGGAUCCCCGGGCCCACCUGGACUACAGGGCUUGCCUGGUCCUGGAGGUCCUCCUGGAGAAAACGGAAAACCUGGUGAAGCCGGUCCAAAGGGUGAUGUAGGUGCACCUGGAACACCAGGAGGCAAGGGUGAUUCUGGUGCCCCUGGGGAACGUGGAGCUCCUGGACAACCAGGGACCCCAGGAGUUAGAGGUGGAGCUGGCCCCCCCGGUCCUGAAGGAGGAAAGGGUCCUGCCGGUCCUGCUGGGCCACCCGGUCCUGCUGGUUCUCCUGGGCUUCAAGGGAUGCCUGGCGAGAGAGGAGGCCCUGGAGGUGCAGGCCCAAAGGGUGACAAGGGUGAAACAGGCAGCUCGGGUAUCGAUGGCGCUCCAGGAAAAGAUGGUCCAAGGGGCCCAGUUGGUCCCAUUGGCCCCCCUGGUCCCCCCGGGCAGAAUGGAGAUAAGGGUGAAGGUGGUGCCCCUGGACUUCCAGGUCCAACCGGCCCUCGCGGUGGCCCUGGUGAGAGAGGUGAACAUGGGCCUCCAGGACCUGCUGGCUUCCCUGGUGCUCCUGGGCAGAACGGCGAGCCUGGUUCUAAGGGAGAAAGAGGUGCUCCUGGUGAAAAAGGAGAAGGAGGCCCCCCUGGACUCGCAGGACCCCCUGGAGGUUCCGGGCCUGCCGGUCCACCUGGCCCUCAAGGUAGCAAAGGGGAACGUGGUAGUCCUGGUGGUCCUGGUGCUGCGGGCUUCCCUGGUGCUCGUGGUCCUCCCGGGCCUGCUGGUAAUAGUGGUAAUCCAGGUCCUCCUGGCAACAGUGGUGCUCCAGGCAAGGAUGGCCCCCCAGGUCCCCCUGGUAGCAAUGGUUCUCCUGGUAAUCCCGGAAUAUCUGGACCAAAAGGUGAUGCUGGCCCACCAGGUGAGAAAGGACAACCUGGCAACACAGGUCCUCCGGGAACGCCAGGUCCAAGUGGACUUACAGGGAUUGCCGGAGCACGGGGUCUUGCAGGGCCACCAGGCAUGCCAGGUGGUAGGGGAAGUCCUGGCCCACAAGGUAUCAAGGGUGAAAAUGGGAAACCAGGGCCUAGUGGUCAAAACGGAGAGCGUGGUCCGCCUGGCCCCCAGGGCCUUCCUGGACUGGCUGGUACAUCGGGUGAACCUGGAAGAGAUGGAAACCCUGGAUCAGAUGGUCUUCCAGGUCGAGACGGAUCUCCUGGUUCCAAGGGUGAUCGUGGUGAAAAUGGUUCUCCUGGUGUCCCUGGUUCUCCUGGCCAUCCAGGCCCACCUGGUCCCGUUGGUCCAGCUGGAAAGAGUGGUGAUAGAGGAGAGAAUGGUCCUGCUGGUCCAGCCGGUGCUCCAGGUCCUGCUGGUGCCCGUGGCCCCGCUGGUCCUCAGGGUCCACGUGGGGACAAAGGGGAAGCAGGUGAACGUGGCUCCAAUGGCAUCAAAGGUCACCGAGGAUUUCCUGGCAAUCCAGGGGCCCCAGGAUCUCCGGGUCCUGCUGGCCAUCAAGGUGCAAUUGGUAGUCCCGGACCUGCAGGCCCCCGGGGACCCACGGGACCCAGUGGGGCUCCUGGCAAAGACGGAACAAGUGGACAUCCAGGUCCUAUUGGACCACCAGGACCUCGGGGUAACAGAGGUGAAAGAGGAUCAGAGGGCUCCCCAGGCCACCCUGGACAACCCGGCCCUCCCGGACCCCCUGGGGCCCCUGGUCCAUGCUGUGGUGGCAGCGCGGCCCUCUCUGUUGGUGGAUCAGAGAAGGCUGGCGGCUUUGGCACCUAUUAUGGAGAUGAUCCAAUGGAUUUCAAAGUCUACACCGAAGAGAUUAUGUCUUCACUGAAAUCCGUGAACGGGCAAAUAGAAAACCUCAUUAGCCCAGACGGCUCUCGUAAAAACCCGGCUCGGAACUGCAGAGACCUGAACUUCUGUCAUCCUGAGCUGAAGAGUGGAGAAUAUUGGAUUGAUCCUAACCAAGGCUGCAAGUUGGAUGCGAUCAAAGUGUUCUGUAAUAUGGAAACUGGGGAAACAUGCAUACACGCCAGUCCUUCGAAAAUUCCAAGUAAGAACUGGUGGACAGAUUCUGGUGCUGAGAAGAAAUACAUUUGGUUUGGAGAGUCUAUGAGUGGUGGUUUUCAGUUCAGCUAUGGCAAUCCUGAACUCCCUGAAGAUAUACUGGACGUCCAGCUUUCAUUCCUCCGACUUCUCUCCAGCCGGGCCUCCCAGAACAUCACAUAUCACUGCAAGAAUAGCAUCGCUUACAUGGACCAUGCCAGUGGGAACGUAAAGAAAGCCCUGAAGCUCAUGGGGUCUAAUGAGGGUGAAUUUAAGGCUGAAGGAAAUAGCAAAUUCACCUACACAGUUCUGGAGGAUGGUUGUACUAAACACACUGGGGAAUGGGGCAAGACAGUCUUCGAAUAUCGAACACGCAAGGCUAUGAGACUACCGAUUAUAGACAUUGCACCCUAUGAUAUUGGUGGCCCUGAUCAAGAGUUCGGUGCGGACGUUGGCCCUGUUUGCUUUUUAUAACUAAACUCUCUCUGAAAACCCAGCAAAAAGUUUCACACGCCAUGUGUUCCUCUUGUUCUAAUCUUGUCAACCAGUACAAGUGACCAACUAAAUUCCAGUUAUUUAUUUCCAAAUUUUGGGGAAAAAUUAUAAUUUGAGAAAUAAUGAUAUUUUUUUGCUGUUCCAUCAACUACAAUUCAAAUGUGUGUUUUUUUCUAUUUUUUUACCAACUCCCAUUUCAAAAUGUCUCAAUGGUGCUAUAAUAAAUAAACUUCAACACUCUUACAAUAACACUGUGUUACAUUAUUUGCAUCCUAGCCCACCUGCAGAGCAAUGACUACACUCACCGUAAAAACAUGACCAUUCUUUUUGACCAGUCAAGCACGAAAUUAGAAAAAAACCUCCCUGUUUCAACUACCUCAACCUGAUCAGAAGCACAGAUGAAUUCUGAGUCCUGAAGAAGAAGAAAAAAUUAUACAAGUUGGUGAAACUUAUGAAUUUCGUUGACUUGUUCCCUAAAAUAUUGGUAGGAAAAAAAGUUAGAGGUAAUGCAAGGAUCUAAAUACAUAUUUGAAAGUCGCGGUGAUUUUAAUCUUGGGCAUCAAAUGCUUUUCACGGUGCUUCUCCCUUUCCUGUCGAUUGCUCGAUAAGAUUACCAAUAUUUGGGAAAACUUUAAAGACACAUGUUAUGGUGCUAUGUAAUGUACUUUAUCUUUUAAAACUCAAGGUUUGAAUUGUUGACUUCAACUCAAAAAAAGGUGCACACAUCUGUUCAGGUCUCCUGUCAAAAAGAUUGAUUUGCAUAUCACUUCAGGAUCCUCUCCCUUCAUUUUGCAAAAGUCAGCAACAACAACAACAAAACAAAUUACAGGGCUGCCUUUGUCACAAAAACAUGGAGAAUGUGCUGACAUUUAACUUUGUAAGCUUGUAUGUGGUUGUUGAUCUUUUUUUCGUACAGACACCCAUAAUAAAAUAUCAUAAUAAAAUA